AGUCAGCGUAAAAUAUUUUUUCCGCGUCAUUAGUUGUUUUUUUUUUCUUUUUCUGUUGUUAAACGUUAGCUAAGCUACAUGUCAGUGUAAGCAGCUCACCAUGGACAAGUCGUGAAAGCUCUUUGAAAAGUUAGUUAUCGAGCUGACGUUACUUCGCUGUAAGUUAACGCACAUCUUCAACUGGCUGGCGAACAUUAGCUACGCUAGCUAAGCUAACCAAGAUGGAGUGAACUAGUUUAUAUCUUGCAUUGAAAUUCAUGCUUAUAAACGGGGCGAUGAAAUGCAGACCCUAGAUGAUCCCUAUGAGAAAUUUAUUCUGCAACACUUGAAGCAUUAUGGACUUUUUACUGGCCAGGGUUCAUCAUCUAUUCAGACAAAAGUCUCAACCCGUAGGACGUGGGAACGCACCCAUGACUCUUUGGUCACAGAUGCCAUCCAUUUACCUGUCGACAGCAUAAACUUGGAGGAAGAGCCAGAACCACAUCAGGGACAAUUCUCUUUCAAUGUGGAGAAAUAUCUCAGGACCAGGCAGCUGCUAUUUGAUUUUGAAGGUGGACGGCCUAUCCCUCGCCUGAGGGAACCGUUGGACCUCUUUACUAUCCCCUCCACCUCCAGUCCCUUCCAGGGUGUUCGCUGGCCUGUUGAAUGCGAAGUCAUCUGUGACAAAAUCCAUCACAUAGAAUGGGACCCUCCUGAACCAGAGCCAUUUUACCAACAGACAGGCCAUGAGCGCACCCCAAUGCCAGUUGGAGAAGAAAAAGGAAAUACUGUCUACUGUAUAGACUCAGCCACAAAAACAUUGUACUUCACACGCUCUCGUGUUGGUGGAGGCAGAGAGCCUAAAAAGGGGGCCACAUCUUGUGCCAACAGCCAGGCAACAUCCACCCUGUCCUUCGAGUCUCGGUUCGAGAGUGGUAAUCUUCAAAAAGCAGUUCAAGUUGGUGUGUAUGAUUAUGAGCUCACUUUGUGCAAUGACAUGUACACCACAAAACAUACGCAGUGGUUCUACUUCCGUGUGAGGAACAUGAAGGCAGGUGUCACCUAUCGUUUCACUAUUAUCAACCUGAUGAAAUCCAGUAGUUUGUAUGAAGCAGGCAUGCGCCCACUGCUGUACUCUGACCUUGCUGCAUGGCUGAAGGGAGAAGGUUGGCGCCGUGUGGGCAGCAACAUUCGGUAUUACCGGAAUGACAGUGAAAAGGGUGGAAAAACACUCUACUCCCUCACCUGGACACUUCAGUUUCCUUAUGAAAAUGACUCCUGUUACUUAGCCCACUGCUACCCGUACACCUAUUCAGACCUCCAGUGCUACCUGGGUGGUGUGAUUUCGGACCCGGCCCGGGCAGCUUACUGUAAGGUGCGGGUCCUGUGCCGCAGCCUGGCAGGAAACGCUGUGUACGCAUUGACUAUCACAGCACCCGGUGGUACCUGGCAAGAGCGAAGGAGCAAGCGAGCAGUGGUAGUGACAGCUCGAGUGCAUCCAGGAGAGACUAAUGGGUCAUGGAUGAUGCAGGGCUUCCUGGAUUUUCUGUUGGGAGACUCACCAGAUGCACGGCUAUUGAGGGAAACAUUUGUCUUUAAGGUUGUGCCAAUGCUGAACCCUGAUGGUGUGGUAGUUGGAAACUAUCGCUGUUCACUGACAGGUUGUGAUCUAAACCGCAACUAUCGCACUGUACUGCGGGACUCUUUCCCCUGUGUGUGGUACACUCGCAACAUGGUGAAACGGUUGCUUGCUGAGAGAGAAGUAGUGCUUUAUUGUGACUUUCAUGGACACAGCAGGAAAAACAAUGUGUUCAUGUAUGGUUGCAAUGAUCGUAAAGAUGCUUCACUACAUCUUCAAGAACGAAUCUUUCCCCUGAUGAUGAGCAAGAAUGCCAAAGACAAGUUUUCUUUCAGAAGCUGUAAGUUCAAAAUGCAGAAAAGCAAAGAAGGCACUGGCCGUAUUGUGAUGUGGAGGCUGGGCAUCAGAAAUAGUUAUACUAUGGAGUCCACCUUUGGAGGCUCCACUUUAGGGGACAGGAAAGGUACACAUUUCUCCAUAAGGGACCUGAAGUCUAUGGGCUACCUUUUUUGUGACACCUUGUUGGACUUCUGUGACCCAGACACGACAAAGAUUGCACAUUGUCUGACAGAGUUAGAGGCUUUACUGAGGCAAGAGAUAAGACGAAAGCUGGGUCAGGAUGUGGACUUGGACUCCUUCGAAGGACUUUCUGAUAUAGACAUUGAGUCGAGCACCAGUGGUUCAAAUAGCACCGAGUCAGAUGGUCUGCCUGUUCAUCUUUUAAACUGCUCAGAUCAGAAUAUGAAAGUGAAGAAGAAGCAUUUGCGAAGCAGAAAAGAAAGAAAUAAACUACGACAGCAGCGAACACAGAGUGCGACAUCCGAGAUUGUUCACAGAAACAUCAAAAACGCUGAUCCUUUACCAUCAAAUGAAGACCUGGUGAAAGUGAGGAUUCAAGAGAAAGCAGUGACUCUAGAGAAAGACACAAAGGACAAAAGUCAAAAGACGCAGUUAGUAGUGAGGGGCAAUCAGUCUGGAAGGUCCUGGAUCCCUCAUCCCACCACACGCAUUGGUGUUCUUGACCAUGCAACCUUUUGGGAGCACAAGCCAGAAAAGAAUCCAUAUUUGGAGGCUGUUAGUGCAGCCUGUCUGCGCAGUGGAGGCUUGAAUGAUUCCUGUCAACGGCCUGUCACAGAACAAAUGUGUCAUUACGCCUCGCGUCACUCCCAGACACAAAGGCAGCGUCAACCCCUGACCAUCACUGCAGUCCGGCACCGCUUCUCGUCUGUGCCAGUCCAACAGUGCUCUUUGCUCUUCAACUCAGAUGUCAGAGCACAUGCUGGAAUAAGAGGAAGGUGCUCUGUGCCAAACAUCUCACUGCGUAGAACUGUAGUAACAGACCACAGACAGUGCAGGGCUGUUCCAGAGUUUCUUCCUAUCAGAGGCCUGGAGCCCUGUGCCUCUGUUCACAUCUACCCAACCCACACUGACAACCAGCAGAAGCUCAUACAAGAAGGAACAUCCCAGUCAACCAACAUUUCAUUCAAAUACUUCAUGCCUGAAAUACAGGACACUAUGGGCACCCUGAGGACGAAUCAUAAGAGAAAUGCAAGAGCGGCUCCUACCGGAGGUGUGGCAGUACUGGACGCUGUGCAGUCCAGUGAAGCAGAGCAGCUCAGUAAACAAGGGAAAGAGGACUGCUCCUUUUUUCCUGAUCUGAGGAGUGUUAACAUGCAUGGCAGAAGCCACAGUCAUGACAGGGCUUCAGGUGACCAGGCUGGAUUAGGGGGUCUGGGGAAAUUGCCAGGAGGGAGCGCAGGGCAGCGGGUAUCGGAGGGAGAUGCUGCUUCACCAGAAGGCCUACACAGUGAAGAGAGGGCCCACGCUGUACAGAGACUGCAGAAACAGCACAAAGCUAAAAUCUCAUGAGGCGCAUAAGAAGAAGGAGUGUGAAGAAGAUGGAAUCACAAGAUCCACAAGAUCAGCACCACUUCAGGGAACAACAUGGAAACAUCAGUCCUGGGAUGCUAGGAAAGAGUAUCUUGGAGUAUGCAUAUUUCAUUUGACCUACAUAAUACAUAUGUAGUAAGGUGUACUGUGGUUGGUAAAGUUGAAGUUAGGAACUUGAGCAUGUUCCCACUCUGAACUAGAAUAUACUUUUGGUUUUGUACAAAACCUCUAUGGUGUCUGUUUAAUCAGAUUCAUAAUCUACAUUUUUUCUGGCGUUUAUGUACUUCUGCACCCAUUUCAAUAAAACUG